CCAUGUAGCCGACCUCACCUAGUGGGAUAAGGCGUUGUUGUUGUUGUUGUUGUUGUAGGGUGGAAAUUAGGAAAAGAUAUUUCGAUGUUCAAGUUAAUAGUAAGUUUCCAUAGGAGGAGAGAAUGAAAGAAUUGCGUGCCUGGGGUAUGUGCUAAUAGUGCUAUACCACCUUUAUUAGGGAUCCUUCUCUCGCUCUCCUGUAUUACCUUUUUUUUUUUUUUUAAUCAGCAUCUCCCGUAUUACCUGUGUUGGCAAGUGUCCUUCCAUAAAGUGCGAAUACCGGCCGUGGCCAUCCAUGGAAUGUGAAUAACGGCCGGUGAUUUGAGAUUCCAAAUCACGAGUGUGGUAGAACAUUCCAAAGGCUUGGUUAUGGCUCCUAAAUGCAUGGUCCUGAGGAAAAGGGACAGAUCAGUUGGGAUUAUGAGUUAAGAUGGAAUGUGUUUGUUGGUUGAUGAUGCGAGCUUGAGUUUGGUUACUGCUUGUUCUACCAACUGAAUGGAACAAAGUCCUUUAGGUAAAAAAAGAUUGCUUUUGGAUUUUCUUAGAAUGUGGGUUUAAGCCUAAUCCAAUCCCAAAAGCUAGUUCAUAGGGUGAGAGUUAUCCCUUACUUAUAUAUUCUAUCUUGACUUUAUCUUUAAGUCGAUGUGGCACUUGGGUUUUUCCAAGUGCGUGGAUAAUAUGGUGUGUGACUCAUUUAAUGAAUCUAGGAUAGACUUUGAUAUCAUCUUAGAAUGUGAGUUUGGGUCUUACUCAACUCCAAAAACUAACUCAUAGGGUGAGGGUUUCUCCUUACUUAUAUACUUUAUCUUGACCUUAUCUUUAGUCGAUUCCCAACCCGGAAGUAGAGAAGGUUUAAUUCUUUAGGAUGAUGAACAAUUUUCAAUUAGUUGAAACCAUGUCUCAAAAUCUGAUUAUUCUAAAUGCCAUGUCACUUUGAUUCUUAUUUUGCUUGAGUCUACUCUUUUGUAAAUGUUAUCUAUCACUUUAAAUGAUCUGUAUGAAAUUCAUUAGGCAGGUAUUUAUAAACUUUCAAUGCUAUAGUAAUUAAGGAAACAAAAGAAUAAAGUUUUUUCUUUUAUAAAUAAAGCAUUUAUUACAUGGGAAACACGCACAAACAAGGUUGUCAAAUUUGCGAGUGAACAUGUAAAAUUGGACGAGUUUAUGAGUUUGAAGCCAUUAAUCUGUUCAACUCUCAAACAAACUUUUUUCUGGCGGGCUUGGGUAAACUCUAGUGAGCUCGUGCGAAAUCACUCUAACUCGCGAUUUUAGGGGCAAGUUGUCAAGUGCUUUUUUUAGAAAAAAAAACUCACCCAAAGCGACAUGCGUUUGGGGCCAUUCGGAGGCGUGUUUAGACAGAAAAUAUUAGGGCACCUUAGUUCUUUUCUCUAGAAAUUUCCAUCUGGUUCACGACACCCAAGCAUUGCUUCAGCCUUCAAUAUUUCUUGCGAUUCCAUCUCUGUAUCAGUGAAGGCUCCUUUGAUUCAUCCUCCAUGUCUUCCGAUCAUCAUCCAUUGAAGACAAAUUUUCCUGAAUACCAAGGACCUGAGAAGAUUGUCAUCCGACGUUACAGUGACUUUGUCUGGUUACGUGAUCGCCUUUUUGAGAAGUACAAAGGCAUUUUCAUUCCCCCUCUUCCAGAGAAAAGUGCUGUAGAGAAAUUUCGUUUCAGUGCUGAAUUUAUUGAAAUGAGGCGGCAAGCAUUGGAUGUAUUUGUAAAUAGGAUAGCAUCACAUCAUGAACUAAAACAAAGUGAGGACCUGAGGUUGUUUUUGCAGGCAGAGGAAGAGACAAUGGAACGAUUAAGGUCACACGAGACUGGCAUAUUCAAGAAGAAACCAGCCGAUCUAAUGCAGAUUUUUAAGGAUGUGCAAUCUAAAGUCAGCGAUGUUGUCCUUGGGAAAGAGAAGCCAGUAGAAGAAUCAGAUCCUGAGUAUGAAAAGAUGAAACAUUACAUCUUUGAGCUUGAAAACCACUUGGCUGAAGCUCAAAAGCAUGCAUACCGUCUUGUGAAGAGGCACAGAGAGUUGGGGCAAUCACUGUCUGAUUUUGGAAAAGCAGUAAAACUUCUAGGUGCUUCUGAAGGAAAUGCUCUUGGGAAAGCGUUCUCUGAACUUGGGAUGAAGUCAGAGAUUUUAUCAGCCAAGUUGCAAAAGGAGGCUCAUCAGCUCUUGAUGAAUUUUGAAGAACCUUUGAAAGAUUAUGUCCAUGCUGUACAAUCUAUUAAGGCAACAAUAGCAGAGAGGGCCAAUGCCUUCAGAAGACAAUGUGAACUGGCUGAAACAAUGAAGCUAAAGGAGAUUAAUCUUGACAAGCUCAUGCUGAUUCGAUCUGAUAAAGUUGCAGAAGCUGAACAUGAAUAUAAAGAGUUGAAGGCAGAGAGUGAACAGGCGACGAAGACAUUUGAGACGAUUGUGAAACUAAUGAAUGAAGAGAUGGGGCGUUUUCAGGAACAGAAAACAUUAGAUAUGGGGAUUGCUUUCCAUGAAUUUGCCAAAGGGCAGGCACGUCUAGCAAAUGGUAUUGCAGAUGCGUGGAGAAGUUUGCUUCCCAAACUGGAAGCAUGUUCCUCCUCGUAGAGAAAGAAUUAAUCAAUGAGUUCUGCAGAGCAUAGAUAAAUUACUCUUUCAUGGCUGAUUACAGGGGCUACUAGGGUAUGGCAAACGCAGAUCGCAGCUCGUGUUUUGUAAAAGAGCUUUCGGAUUAUGUUGUAAAAGAUGUGUUUUUUUCUGUCUGGCCGAUUUUGUACAAAUUUUAAACAAAGUAAAAGGUUACCUAUCCGCACUUUUAUUUUUUAUUUUGCUGCUGUUGUUGCGAUAUCUCUUGUCUUCCUCUGUUGUAUAUAGUCACAACGGAAUUACAUGACAAUAUGGAAGGCUUUUCUUUAGUCUUUUAGAUGAGUCAGCAAUACCGUCUUCUCUUAAUACAUUUUUUAUUUAUUUGGUA